GGCGGUGGCCGCGUUCUGCGCCCUGGCGCUGGCGCAGACGUGCCUCGCCUUCACGUCGGGCGCGAGGCUUGCGGGGCCAGCGGCCCCGGGGGCCGGCGCCGCGCUGGGCGUGCCCACCACGGGCGGGCGCGCUGCCAGCGCCGCGGCGGCGGGCCCGAAGGCGGCGGCGCGUCGAUGGUCGGCGGCCUGGGCCCGUGGCGGUGCGCGGGCUGCGCGGUGCUGCUGCUGGCGGGCGCGCUGCGCGCCAGCAGCGGGGCGCGCGCGGCGCGCCGGGCGCGGGCGGUGGUGUGCCAGGACCGUGAGCGCCCCUCUGGCCACGGUCGAGUGCGCCGGGCCCGUGCGGCUGGCCGCCGCUGACGCCCUGGGCGCCGCAGGACUGCUGCGACUGCUGCGCUGGCAGGGACUGCUGCGCCCGGGGCGCCUGCGCGGGCUGCGCCUGCUGCGCGGCGCCCGCCGCCGCGCCGGGCCCCGCAUGCUGCGGCACCGCGCCGUGCGACUUCGGCGAGGGCUUCCCGAAGCUGAAGUUCAGCGCCGUGCGCUGCGAGCGGCUCCCGGGCGCCCCCGCGACGCCCGCCAGCGCCGCCGACGCCGAGGC